GAGAUAUUAGCCUCGGCCCGAUCUUGCCAGUGACGCAUACUUAGUACAUAGACGGCAGGGCUUGAGAUGACUCAGAUACUGACACUCUCGACCUACCACUCAUCAUGGCACCGCACACGAUCCGCUGGGGCAUCAUUUCGACCGGGGGCAUCGCGACGACCUUCGCAAAGGACCUGUUGGUGGACCCGACGACGCGCAACGUUCACGACGUCGCGCACAAAAUUGCGGCGGUCGGCUCGCGCUCCGUCGCGUCCGCCCAGGCGUUCAUCGACAAGCUGAAGAGCUUCUCGGGACCGAGCAGCUGGGGCGUGCAGCACGGCGGGCUCGACGGUGCCACGCCCUAUGGCUCGUACGACGAGGUGUAUGCCGACCCCUCCGUCGACGUCGUGUACAUCGGCACGCCGCACCCGUUCCACCACCAGAACGCCAAGGCCGCCCUGCUCGCGGGCAAGCAUGUGCUCUGCGAGAAGCCGUUUGUCAUGGACCUCGCUGAGCUUGACGAGCUGAUCGCCAUCGCGAAGGAGAAGCGCGUCUUCCUCAUGGAAGCAGUGUGGACGCGCUUCCAGCCCAUCGCGUACGCUGUACAGGAGGUCCUGCGCUCGGGGAAGCUCGGCCGUCCGCGCCGCGUCACUGCCGAGCUGUCGUCGUGCAUAAACAUGGACGAGCUGGCGGACGACGACCGCAUGAUCGACCCCAAGCUUGGCGGCGGCCCGCUUCUCGACCUCGGACCGUAUCCUGCCGUGUGGGGCAUGCUGGUGCUCCACCAACAUCCGCAGAACCAGGACAAGGAGCCGCAGGUUGUGGACUUCAGCCAGCGUAUCUACAAACGCAACGGCAUCGACGAGAUGUCCGCGUUCACCGUCAGGUGGGAGGGGCUCGCCGAGGCGCGCCUCCUGACCGACUUCACGGCGUGCACACCGCUCGACAACGCCUGUGUUGUCGACUGUGAAAAGGCGCAGCUUAUCAUCGACCACCCUCUCUAUCGCCCCGAGCGCUUCCGUAUUGUGCCUCACGCGGGCAGCACCGACGAUAUCCCGAAGGAGACAGAGCACCGGUACCCUGUCCCCGCCGGCAACGGGAUGCACUACGAAGCGGACCACGUCGCGCGCUGUCUCCGCGACGGCAAGCUCGAGAGCGACCGCAUGCCACUCACCGAGAGCCGCAUCGUCCAGGGAUGGUUCGACACAGUCCGUAAAGGCGGAAACUCGGUCCUCAAGGACUGGCCGCAUACCGCCGGAAAGUGA